UUAUUGGGAAAAGAACGGAAGAAUUGGUGAGAAACCCAGAAGAACAUCGAGACUAAUCUCUCACCGUUGUUGAGAGUGUGAUUUCACCGGCGGUAACAGCCACAGCUUCCAAGAGAAAUGCUAAACCAUUUCCUCUAUCGCUCCUACACUCCUCUCCUCUUCUCCAGAUCCUUCUCCUCUACGCUUUUCGUUAAAGGCAUAUCUUUCUCAAGCACAGAAGAAACAUUAACCCAAGCAUUUUCUCAAUAUGGUCAAGUUCUCAGAGUGGAUGUUAUAAUGGAUAAAAUCAGAUGCAGACCAAAAGGGAUUGCUUAUGUCACAUUCUCUUCUAAAGAAGAAGCCGGGAAAGCUUUAUUAGAACUCAACGGCCGGUUGGUAGACGGGCGGGUGGUGAUCCUUGACAUAACAAAAGCUGGAAAACACAAUCCACCAGACACCAAGCCGAAGCAUGCAGGUGGUGAUAGCUGAUACUUCUCUUUUGUCAACUUGUUAGGUUAAAUUUUGAGACUCAGAAAAACUUCAAACCAGUUUUGAGGUUAUUUGGAAUUGGGGAGUUAGUUAUAGAGUUUGAUGUGCCAUAAAAAAGAGUUAGGAGCUGUGAGUCAUCAUAGACUAGUUUAUCGAAUUGGCAAGUUUCUUCUCGACAUUGUUUGACUCAGUGCAAGGGGGUUCCAAGCAGCCAAAACAAGGUUAGUCCAGAAAGUUAGGCCAGAAGAUCUGCAGCAUAUUAUUGUUUUGCGUUUGACCAUGUAUACAAGUCACGUGACUUGAGAGUCUUUGAGUCUUGUGGACGAUUAUGCUUCGUCUUCUUUGCCUUCACAUACUGACUCAUUGUUCUCUUGAUCUCUUCACAAGUUUCUUCAUGUCUUUGGUA